AUGCGUGGAAUUCAGAUCUUUUCUGGGACGUCCCAUCCCGUCCUCGCAGAGAUGGUCUGUGAGCGACUGGGUACUUCACCGGCCAAGGCAGACCUGGGGAAAUUCGCCAACGGCGAGACUAGUGUGAAUAUUGGAGUUUCUGUAAGAAACCAAGAUGUUUACAUUGUUCAGAGUGGGAGCUCGAAGAUCAACGACAGCGUUAUGGAGCUGUUGAUUAUGAUCUCGGCGUGUAAAGGUGGUUCCGCGAAAUCCAUCACAGCGGUCAUGCCGUACUUCCCUUACUCUCGCCAAUCCAAGAAGAAGAGUCACCGUGGCGCCAUCACCGCUCGUAUGCUGGCGAACCUGCUUUCAGUUGCUGGGGUGGACCAUGUGAUAACUCUGGAUUUGCAUGCUUCCCAAAUGCAGGGGUUCUUCGGAAAGCCCGUGGAUAACCUGUUCGCCGAACCCUAUAUCGCCCGAUGGAUCCGUAUGCACGUCCCGGGUUGGAAGGAAGCCGUUGUCGUGAGUAAGAACGCUGGAGGUACAAAACGGGUCACUUCGUUAGCGGAUACGCUGAAGCUCAAUUUUGGAAUCGUCACAACCGACCGGCGCCGUCCCAAGGUGGCUAUGGCUAUGUCAGACAGCACUGUCUUCUUUGAUUCUAUCGAGGAUGAGGCCACGCCCGUCCCUAAAGAUCAUGACCCCUUUGUUGUGCGGGUACAGGAAAGCACCAAAAGCUGCCAGUCCGACGAGACACCCAGCGAUUCUGACAAAGCCGAAACUACCAAGAUGGUUAACGGUCUCUUCCCUGAAGUCCCCAAUGCCCGCCGUCCCUCCGAGCUGGAAGCUGCUCAUGAAUAUACCGACGUGCGGGUUCAGGAUGUGAUCACCGGACGGCUUGUGCAGGGCCAUCUCGUAGAUGAUGAUUACCCGACGGCUGGCCCUACCUCGGCACCUGCGUCUGCCGAUGCAGGCUAUAGCUCUAAUCGGGAGAACUCCGAUAGUGUUCCCGAUUCAAUGGUGAACUCGGUCAUCUCCAAUACCCCUUCGCUCCCUGGGGAUCAUGCCCUUGGCGGCUCUUUUGAUGCUGCGGAAUCCUCUGAUGAAGAGGGCAGCCAUGGGCACAUUGCCGAGCGGGAAAAGACUAUCACCUUCGUCGGUGAUGUCAAGGACCGCACUGUAUUCAUCGUCGAUGACAUGAUUGAUAAGAGCGGAUCAUGGAUCGCUGCAGCGGAAACCGUUGUUAAGAGGGGCGGGGCAAAGACAGUGUAUUGCAUCGCCACCCAUGGACUGUUUGGCGACGAGUCUCUUGAGCAGAUGGAAGCCUGUCGCUGUAUUGACUAUAUCGUCGUGACCAACACCUUCCCCAUCUCACCGAAGAUGAUGCAGAAGUCGAAGAAAUUGGUCGUCAUUGACAUCUCCAGUCUAAUUGCGGAGAGCAUCCGGCGUCAUCAUUAUGGUGAAAGUGUUUCGACACUAUUCCACUUCAAUGACUGA